AUGGCGAACAACGAUGGCACAUUCAAAGUAGGGUCUAAAUAUCCAGUCAUCUUUGAUGAUCCACCACGACCCCCACGAAAAGAAGUCCAGGCAUCGCGGCAGUCCAGGCCGCGCAACAUGAGUCGACCUCCGCCACCCGCUGCGCCAUCAGCUGCACCCAACGUCCCUACAGCUGCUUCUGGUCCAACAGGUCUUCAAGCAGGUAUGACACCUGAGGCGAAAACCAUUCCUAUCCUUUCCAAACAACGCAACAUGUCCCGACCACCUGUUCCCAUGCAAGCGCAGGCCCUGACUGGGACAUCGGCAACUGGCCGGGAAGCCACGCCCCCCGAGGCGCAAGCAAUGCCCAGAGUUCGGAACAUGAUUCGUCCAUCUGAACAGCCAGCUGGGGUUGCUGCAAAGACGGCUGCAGUUCUUAUCCCCGCGCCAGGGGAGGCGCCAACGUUUGCGCCUCUCAAACAGCGCAACUUGGCUCGACCACUUCCUCCACCUGCACUGGCGCCAACUACGAACAAGCAAGGUGGCGCGCCAAUUGAGGCAACGGCGGCUGCGGGGGCGCGAGAAAGCCCCGCUGUUCCCAAACGACGAAACUUGACUCGUCCAGCUGGGGUGACAGCUGCAGUUCUUAUGCCCGCGCCAGGCGAGACGCAAACUUCUGUCCCUCUGAAACAGCACAACUUGACUCGACCAGAUGCACCGGCGCCAACUAUGAACCAGCAAACUGGCGCGCCAAUUGAUCUGCCCACUGUGCAGCGAAACAUGAGCCGGCCACCUCACCCUGCGGCGCAGGGAGCAACAGAUGCAAUGCCCAACAAGCAACGGAAUAUGACCCGACCACCCCUUCCAGGCCCCGAUCCCACCCCAAGAAACAUGACCCGACCAACACUCCCUGUGCCUGAGGCAUCCUCCAGUCACAGUGGUGCGCCUUCGCUCAUCCCUCAGUUAGACAACUUUGAAUACAUCUGGGCUGAUCCUGAUUUGGUAAGGCAACAAUGUGAAGAGUUUCCCAGAAACAAGGAUGGUCAUGGGGUGAAGCACCACCAAGAGUGGCUCAAAUCUGCUCUCAACCUACUUUCCCGGUGUAGGGACCCCCAACAAGUAUUGGAGCUGCUGCGCCGUCAAAAACACGAGGAGUUGUACCGACUUGAAAUGCACCUCAGGGGCCUGGAACUCGCAGAGUUGGAGCUUCAGGAUGCUCGGAAGAGUAUUCGUGCUGCGGUGCCCAAGGGAGAGGGUCAAGAUGACAACUAA